AUGAUUCAAACCAAGGAAGGGAUACGAUUUGAUGAGUUCGCUCUCAUAUUUGGUGGAAAGAUGCUUGCAGAGGAUAGGACCCUUGCCUCUCUCGACUUGCUGCCAGAGCUCACAUUUCAUUUGGUUUUCCAUCCCAAAGAUGAUGUGUCCAUUAUUAUUGACAUGUCCAGUCACAGAGUCACAUUAGGCGCUAAAUCUUGGUACACUGUAUGUGAUGUCAAAGCCAUAGCUGGAGCAUUGAUGUCUGCGCAGCUCGUGACUUUGCAUUCGCAUAUGUUCUAUCAGGGAAAGCUUCUUGAGGAUCACAAGACAUUAGCUUGUCACAGUAUUGCGGAUGGCUCUGUCUUACAAUUGGUGUUUCCAUUUCAGAUAUUUGUCAAGUGCUUAAGUGGUAAGACUUUUGUUCUUCAGGUUUGCAAGUCUGACACGGUUAAGGAAGUGAAGAACAACCUUCGUCAUAAGCUGCAGGAGCAUGUGCCGUCCGAAAAUCUCAAAUUGUUUUAUGUGGGAAAAAGUUUGGUUGAUGAUCUUGACCUGGUGAAUCUGUACUUGAUCACCAAGACAGUGGCCCUGAAAGCUGGGAGAGAUUCGACCGUGAAGCAUAUCAAAGCAUCGCUUCAGGACACAAAACAAAUCAAUGAACAUAGUCAGCUGCUCUUUUCUUUUGAGGCGAUCAGGAAAAAGAUUAAGUUGAUUAUGGAUCGCAGACUCACAUUACCCGCUAAAUCUUGGGACACUGUGCGUGAUGUCAAAGCCAUAGUUGGAGCAUGGAUGUCUGCGCAGGUCAUGGAAAGCUUCUUGAGGAUCAUAAGACCUUACUUGUUACAACAUUGCGGAUGUCUUUUUCUUACAAAUGGUGUCUCCUAUGCUCCAUUUCAGGUUUACAGGUCUCACACGGCCAAGGAAGUGAAGAACAAGCUUUAUCAUAAGCUGCAAUUGCCUGUGCCAGCCGAAUGGCACCAUAUUUCUUAUGUGGGAAAAAUGCUGGCUGGUUACAGCAUCGAGGAGAAUUCGAUUCUUCUUGAGAUUAUCUCACUUCCUAGGAAUUGGAAUGCCUAG